CUCUUGUGUCCAGGUGGUGAGUUACUUGGUCAUGGGAGAGAUGAGGUUGGUAAGGCAAGACCUGCCCAUGACAAAGCCAUGUUGGCUGUCAUUCAGAAUCUUACCUCAUGGAGGUGGUGCCUCCAUGUAGCACAGCUAAGGCAAACCUAGCGUUAGGUCACUUGCAAAUCCCUAAAAUUAUUUUCACUGGGACUUAAUGCAGCCCUCAGCAUAGGCUAGAGCAGCUGUAGAAGUUGGUCUAACUUGUGCCAACCCCCUUUUGAGUGCCUAUGGGCUGCUCUACAGCCUACAAUACCCACGUUGUGCUAUGGUCACUUCCACCCUUGUUCUUCAGGGGCAAUGUAGACCUGCAUAGGCAAGCCCUAUGCCUCUCAGAUGCUGAAGAAACUUCCUCUGAUGUCAUUGGAUCAGAUUUCUAAAAAAGGUAUGUAGAUACCAAAUAUGCAGAAAGACAUCUGGGAUUUUCAACUCAUUUAAGCACUUAACUCCCAUGGACAUCAGCAGAUGUUAAAAGCACCUAGGCACUUUUGAACAUUCAAAUAGAUGUUUAUAUGCAUCUCAGGCCUUAAUAUCUUUAAUAUCUUUAAAACAUAGCUCAUUGCAAUUCCUUUGGUGUCAUUUCAACCCUAGCAAAGCAGAAUGUGAUCAUACUUUAGGAUAUAAAUAUUUCAGGCCAUGUAUACAGAAAUGAGGAGUGCAAUUUGUGUAUGAAAUACUUAUGAACUCAGAUUACUAUGAUACAUUUUACAGAGGAAUAAUCAUCUAUCUUGUAGCUCAUAGUAAUGAAUCAACAAAGAUGCCAUGUAGCACACCAAGCUUAAUAACCCAAGGUUUUAUACAUAAAGCAAGAUAAGAACCAACCACUGAGUUUGUGUCACAUGGGAAUCAAGCCUUCAUUUGAAACAGCAUGUGAGAAAUAAAGGUUGCAACGCAUGGCUUGUCAAUUUACAAAGUCAAUUAACUAUUUUACUGUGACUUUUGGUCCAAUACCCUGCCACUAUUUAAGCGGCUCUCCUGGCAAAUACAGAGCAAUACUGUGAAGAGCAACUUGAGUUAGUUAAUUUAAUGAGUUGCCACUUACAAAAAUGCCAACCUUAGAUGACAUUUUAGAGCACAUUGGAGAAUUUGACUUGUUCCAGAAGCGCACCUUUUUUAUCUUAUGCCUCCUUUCAGCUGCCUUCCCUCCUAUCUACGUGGGUGUUGUCUUCCUGGGGUUCAUCCCUGAACACCGUUGUCUUAGUCCUGGAGUAGCAGAGCUGAGCAGCGAGUGUGGCUGGAGUUUGGAAGAGGAGCUGAAUCACACUGUUCCUGAGUGGGGAAACCAUGACAAGUCUCUCACUAGUCAGUGCUGGAGAUACAACGUGGACUGGAACAUGACUGGCCUCAGCUGCACAAGCCCAUUGGAGAACUUCACCAGCCAUACCAGCCAGAGCAGGGUUCCCCUCAUGCACUGUGAAGAUGGCUGGGUUUACGAUUCUUCAGGAACAUCUAUUGUGACUGAGUUUAAUUUGGUGUGUGAGGAUUCCUGGAAGCUGGACCUCUUUCAGUCGUGUGUGAAUGCUGGGUUUUUUGUUGGCUCCAUAAGCAUCGGCUACAUAGCAGACAGAUUUGGGCGUAAACUAUGCCUGUUAAUUACAAUCCUCAUAAAUUCCAUUUCUGGCAUUCUCGUGGCCUUUGCACCAAGCUAUACCUGGAUGGUUAUCUUCCGUCUGAUACAAGGACUGGUCAGCAAAGGGGGAUGGUUAACAGGCUACAUCCUGAUUGCAGAAUUUGUUGGCUUAAAAUAUAGGCGGACUGUAGGGAUUGUUUACCAAGCAGCCUUUUCUGUUGGACUCCUUGUAUUUGCGGCCGUUGCUUAUGUGAUUCCCCACUGGAGAUGGCUGCAGCUUGCUGUUACAUUGCCAAAUUUCUUCUUCUUGCUCUAUUACUGGUGUCUGCCAGAGUCUCCUAGGUGGCUGAUCGCUCAAAAGAAAAAUGACAAAGCCAUGAAAGUUAUUAAUCGCAUUGCCAAGGGAAACGGGAAGAAACUCCCUUCCUCUUUUCAGAGUCUUAUCCCUCAAGAGGAAGAUGGAGAGAAGCAUAACCCUUCAUUUCUGGACCUGGUCAGGACUCCUCAGAUAAGGAAACACACAUUCAUUCUGAUGUACACGUGGUUCACAAGCUCCGUUUUGUACCAGGGGCUCAUCAUGCACAUGGGAAUAGCUGGUGGGAACAUUUACCUGGAUUUCUUCUAUUCCGCUCUUGUUGAAUUUCCGGCUGCCCUCAUACUCAUCCUUACAGUUGAUCAAAUCGGCCGACGUUAUCCCUGGGCAGUGGCAAACGUGGUGGCAGGAGCUGCCUGUCUGGCUACUGCUUUAAUCCCAGAGGAUCUUUACUGGCUAAAAGCUACUGCAGCUUGCCUGGGCAGAAUGGGAAUUACAAUGUGCUAUGAGAUUAUUUGCCUAGUAAAUCCUGAAUUGUACCCAACAUUUCUCAGGAAUCUGGGAGUACUUGUCUGCUCCUCCAUGUGUGACGUUGGUGGGAUCAUAACGCCAUUCAUUGUGUACAGACUGGCAGAGAUCUGGCAUGAGCUGCCACUAGUGGUUUUUGCUGUGGUUGGUCUAAUUGAUGGUGGAUUGGUGUUGCUCCUACCAGAGACCAAAGGAAAAACUUUGCCCGAGACCAUUGAAGAUGCUGAAAAUAUGCAUAGGCAAGGAAAGAGCAAGGACAAAACCAUUUACCUGCAUGUUGUAACAACAGAGGUUGCACAUAACUGAGAACUGCUGCUCCCAAAACCUGUGUUUGAUGGCAAAUUAGGACAGAGAACCAAGCAUUCAUCUGAUACAAACUCUCUAUUGUCAGAAUUCCUUUUAUUCCCUUCUGAGAAUCCUGGCUAUUCAACCUUCAGCCAAUGUUUCAUAAAUCUCAGUCUAUGGACCACUGUUACACCCCAGAGCAAUUUCCAUAAUGCAGCUAAUAUUCAACCAAGCACUUCUGGGCCCUUCCUGGCUUCAGGACUUAAUUGUCUAUAGUUCUAAUGAAAUCAAAAUUUGAAGACGAUGCAAACACUGUAGGGCAACCAGAAAGAUAAAGAGCCAAACUGUGAAUGGACUUGGAGAGGCAAGAGCAGUGUGGAGGGCUGCAGUUCAACCAGAGUAUCAUUACUGAUCAAUGUAUGGCAACCUCUUCAGAAUACAUGCACACUCACCAGCAAGUGUACAGUACUAAGAAGUAGUCCCCAUUGUAUUAAAGCAAGUUCACAUUCAGAUGGUUUCAUUUUCCUAAUACAAAUUUCUUGGCAGAACAAGACUCCCUUUUUAUCACAUGGGUUUGAACCAUAGGGUAAGUGGCAACUGUACUUCUGAGCAACUGGAGAAUUAUGACAAUAGGACUUUUUGAACUUGAAGGACUCCUCUCCCUCUCCCCUCCUAAAUUGUAAAAGUAAGCCUGGUCCUCCGUUGUAUAAUAAUCCUGAUUACAUCCAUCAACUCAUGUGGGAUUUAAUCUGUGGGAGUGUGUUUCCUUUUUGACCACUUCCAGUUCCAAGAUGGAAUUCAGCCCCAAAAGAAGAGUCUAUGAUUCACAUAAAAAUGUAACAACAGCAACAACAACAUGGGGGAUUGUUCCUCACCUAAACCGAGAGAAACUGUUAAGAGCCCUUAAAAGAAAUAUCUGAUCACCAAAAAUGUUACAGCAAGAGAGGUUCCUGCCCAGCUUAUCCAUUUCAAGUAUCCUCUGUGGAAAGGAAUGAAGUUAGAACACAUAUAAGGAAGAGUCUUUAAAAGCUAUUUUCUUUGCUACUGGAAUAGAGACUGAAACGUACUGGGUACUAGUGCUCAUGAAAUAACAUACUUUCUUCAAGGCCUGAAGAGUGCAACUCUUGCCAAUCAAGCCCUUGUGCAGUAAGUGUGUAUCUAUAUCAGAUGUUAAACAAAUGCUACCUGCAUCAAGUUGCAGGAUGAUAAUUUGGUUGCCUGUAGUUGAGGAGUUCUUCAUUUCUGUGGGCCAGCAUGAAGGAAUGAAAAAGGAAAGAAAAAAAAAUCACAUACCCUAAAAGCCAGCUAGGUGAUACCGUGAUGCCACAGUCAAGCUUACUUUGAUUCCAAGGUCUCCACCCCAUGUAACAUAGGACCUAGCAACAUGACACUCAGUGUUGGGAAGGUUUUGCAUACCUUAUACUCUGGUAUGAACAUCUGGAGAAGUUCUGAAGUUGUCCACUCCCUUGAGACUCGGGGUAUUCCAACUCCUACAUCUAUAGUAAACUCUGUCCAAAUUUUUUGCUGGCAUGAGGUCAGGAAAAGACUCUAGACAGGUAUAGAAUGACCCAUUACCUGUUUCUAGAAAAGACCCAGAGGGGGAUGUGAAAUGCUUCUUCCUUCCCCACAGUCAAAUGAGAAGAGAAAUUUUAAAUUUUGCUGCCUCAUUAUGUGCCUCUCUCACCCAGGAAAGGAACUGCUGAGGCCAGGGCUCUUCUGUUAGGGAAGGCUGCAAGAAAGAUCUACACCAGAGUUACAACCUGGGGAGAAGAGGUUAAAUAUAGCAGCCUUCUCCCCAUCCACCUCCCUGUCUUCAUCUCUACCUACCUCCCCAGCUUGGACUCAGUUUACCAAAAUCUCAAGGCUGGCAAGCAUUACAUUUCAGGAUCCUGAUAUGGGGAGGGGAAAGACGGAAGGAAAAAUCCCCAUAUUUGGUAGUUGCUUUCCUAGAACAGCUGAAAAGCUGCAUCAAUGCAGAAUAAGCAGCUUGAAUUGGCUGCAUCAAUUAACCAAAUGUUUCAUGGCGGUAUCUACUAUUUACAACUAAAGAAGUGGGCUUGUUAUGGCAGGUAGCACUGAAUGAGGCAACACUUACUUCUGAUUUCUUCUGCGACUACUUUUAAAGCCUCUCCAUCCAAAUCCACCCGCAAAUCAGGUAUUAACCUAAACCAUACUUGCAUCACUGAUGUGAUUAAGGCUGAUGAUGACCUUUCUCCCCCAUCUCACAUCCCAGGCCUCUUUUCCUGCUUUUAGAACACACUCCUUUCAAAAUACAAAACACACUGGAAGUGAAAGACCUACAGAGGAUUAUUAAAUUCUUCAGGUCAGAUUCUCACAUAAAAGUGAUUCUGUUCCACCCUGCAUAAAUCCCUGAAAAAAUGUUCAUGCACAAGGUGGGUGGGCGAUGACUUUGUUUUAAACUAUGUAUAUACUCCCGAUUACGGAGUUAGACCCAAGGUGCAUCCAGUCCAGUAUCCUAUACCCAUCUGUUGCCAAUACCAGAUGCUGGCCAAGCAAAGAAUUUUAGAAGCUGGCAGUUAUAGAAUAUAACUCACAAAAGAAGUUUCUUCCUAACUCUCGUGCAGACUGUCAUACGCAGACUGAGGAGGUCUGCCUCUUUCAGGCGCUGUCUUUAUAUUGUGGUAUUCAUUGAGUAAAUUAAGUUAGAUCAAGAAACUUUUUUGAAGGGACACUGAUGUCCAUUAACUACUGGCCACCUGAAUGCAGCAACAAUUACAAGAUAGUCCUGCUCACUUAAGCCAAUCAAUUUUUUAACACACCAUAAAGCAUGCACAGAGUUCUUUUCAUCAUUGGCAUGGCUAUGCUCUAAUGUGAUCAGCAUAUCUACAACAAGAUCCUCAUUCCAGUGGUAACUACAGGGGGGUAUAAUUCAUGGUUUAUCAAAAAAAGUAUAUUAAAUAGCUUACAUGGCACUCCAAAAUGCCACAGGAAACCAUGCAACUCUUACAAAUGUGUAAUUUUGCUACAGUAAAACCUAGAGCAGUCACCAUUUACUGUAGACCAGGAGAGCACAGCUAUAGAUAACAAAAGCCAGGUGCAAUUAGGUGGAGUUUUGUGUGUUUUAAAUAGAUUGACUUACCAGAUUCCGUGAAGAGUUUUACAGUAUGUAUUUGGUUGGGUGCCAGCACAGAAUUACAGGAAGUGGAAUUGCCUCUCCCUUUAUAAAACAGCCGUUAGAACUAAAUACCAAAACUGAUCAGUGACAGCAGAAGUUAAAGGCAUACUGAACCUGCUCUGUGCAGCUCCUGCUAAGCUAUAUCUGGGUUUACAUAGAUGGAUAUAUAUAUAUGGUCAGGGAUUUUUACAGUUAGCCUUUAGCAAUUGUUAAUUUAUUCCUCUCCAGGCUCAGCUGUUUUCUUGUGCAAUUUUCCAUUUUGUUUUUUAGCACAUAGCUUUUUUGAACAUGUGCUCCCUUCUAUAAAUCAGUAAACUAGAAAGCAUCUGGAAUAAGACAUAUUUGGGUUAGUCAUGUAAGCUCCUAUUGGUGGGCAUACAGCAAAACUCAAAAUUAACUGCAGCUCAAUUGAGGUCAUUGUGCUCCCACUGCCAAUAGUGCCAAGGGUCAUAUUCCACACAGCAUGUGAGGAAUUUAGCAGGAGUCUUUAAGCUCAGCUGCAAGCUCCUCUACCCAGGGUUAUUAUGAUUAUUAUACAUUAUUAAGUGCCAACAGUGUGCGUCAACCUGUACAAGCGCCCCAACGUGCUUGGAAUCCAAGAGACAGGAACAGCGAUGAUGGGACACGUUGGACAUAGCCCUGGUCCACUACCUGUGAACAUAAGAAUCUUCUGAACUGGGAAGGAGGACUGCUGAGCAGACCAGAAUGGGAAAGACCAUGUUAGAAAGAGGGAGAUGGAAGUUAAAAGUGCUUUACUAUUUUAAUUCUCAGCAGAUUGGAAAGGGCAGGAGGGAUGCAAGCUGUGCUGGGAAAUCUAGGCUGGACUGGAGUUGUGUAAGAAUAUCAGAUAUUUUAGUCUUGCUUUUCAGGAUGAACUCCUAGGUUGGGCAAAAGCCGCCUUUAGUCAGGACCCUCAGCCACAAUUGUAACUCUCCACCUGAUGCUUCCAAGCUGGCAGUUAACAGGUGAUCCACUCCAUCAAGUCAUCGUGCUGAACAGGCACUAUGGUAGACUAUGUCAACAGGCUCAGAGUGACUUCACUAUGACAUGCACACUGCUAUCGAAUCACAACUAGCUUGUUGCUUUGCUCUUUUCAGCCGUCACUGGUGACCUACAGUGUUGUUCAAGGCUCAUGUUACACAGCAGCGUCCAUGCUUUGGAACUCCAUCAAUCAUUCUUAGACUGCUGGGGACACUUCUCAUUCCUAUAUUCCUCUGCAAUGAGAACAGCUAUUUCUGAGUCUGCCAGCCUAGCUGAGAUUUAAGUCUGAGUGAAUCAAUACUAUAUUCAAGUCAACAUUAUUAAUUGUUACCAUUCUGAGUGGGGUCUUGACAUCACUUAGAGUUCUGAUGGGGAUUUAAGUUUCAAGUGUCAUACUUUAUUAUCUCUUUCAAGCACUUGCAAUCUACCUGCAAUUAGAUUUGGAAUUGCUCUUCACUGAAUUCAUUUUUCUGUAUUUCUAAAAACACUGCUAGCUUCAACCCCUGCUUCCUUGAGCUGAAUGAAAGGCUCAUUUGUUUAUUUUUAAACUGAAGGGCAAAUAUUGAGGACUUAAUUCUCAUUGAAAGCCAGAUGUCUCCAGAUUGCUCUGGUAUCAGUUACAGUUAUUCCCUUUUAAGAUGCCUUUCCAUUGUUGAAGUAGUCUAAAUGUAAAAUAAGAAACCUGAGAGAACUUUCCUCCAAUCUUUGUAUCAACAUCCCUAACACACAAGAGCAAAGAUGAUCGCUCCCUGUAAACUACUGCUAUAGGUCUCCCCAUCCGAGUACAUUUGUAUUGGCUGCUGGCUGGAUUUCUGAAUUUCUUGGUUUUUACUAACGGGAUUUAAUGGAUUCUAUACCACAUCUGCAGUGCUCACCAAAGAGGUAGGAAAUGUUUUCAUGAGAUCAAAAUGUUGUGUAAAGCCAGCAUUCAUGCAUGAGUCAACAUCAUCCCAGGGUGAUGCAUUGUUUCUUAAAGCAGUGUGCCUCAGAUAUAAGUGUAUGGCUCAAGUUCUUAACAUUAUACCUUUUCUUUAGAAGACAGCGGUAGUCAAAUGAUGUUAUUUUGUGGUGCUUCUUUGAAUUGUUGCAGCAAAAAAUGUCAAAAUACAAAUAUGAUACAGGAAAUCAGACUAGGUAAUUGUAAUCAUUCCUUAUGGCCUUAAAUAAAAACCUAUGAAUGUGCUCCAUUUGAAAACUUGUCUAAGUCUAUCCCCAUCCUGCAGUUGACCCAAUAAACGAUAUCACCUACAAAACUCCUCGUCUCCAACCUAUGAUGUAUCAUUGCUACAUGGAUAAAAUUUGACACAGAAUAAAUCCCACCAA